CUUAACAAUAGAGUAGUCCAUGCAACAGCUCGAUACAACCCGUGUUGGAAUAAUUUCCUUUUGAAUUAUCUUUCUUAUUCUUAAUUUUUUAGUAAUUAGGACUCCCAUUUGUUAAUUUUGUGGGUAUAAUUAGAAAAGUAAAUUGAAAGCAUUCUUCACAAUGAAGCCAGUAAUAUCCAUUUCUUGUUGAAGACGAAUCAUAAUCAGCUGCUGUUAAAGAUAUUUAUUGUAUAUCAAAUAUAUAAAUCAUGCAUUUGCAUGGGAAAAUAGGGUGCUUUAGUUUUGUGGUUGCUUUCCUUCUUAAUCUCAUCAUUCUUGUUGCCACGUUUCAUCUACAUUCACCUGAACUUUCUCAUCGUGAAGAAAAAUCUACCAUUGGAUUUCAUUAUGCCACAGUCAUUUCAUUUGUCUUUUUAAUAAUCAGUUGUCUGUUAUCACGAAUUUGUUGUCAAGGACAAAUUUAUGAAAUUGUUUGGAGAUCCGUAUUACUUGGAUCAUGCCAAGCAUUUGGAAUUACAGUUACAUCUUAUUGUAGUACAAACUACCUUUCACUAGGAUGGUACAUUUCAGUUAUGUCUUUUUUCCACUUUUCUGAAUUUGUUGUGACUUCAGUAAUAAGACCCCAAAACCUGACAUCUGAAAGCUUUUUGCUUAACCACAGUAAAGCAUAUGGUAUAGCAGCCUUAGUUUCUUGGGUUGAAUAUUGGACUGAACUAUGGCUUUUCCCAGGUUUAAAGAAGAGUUACUGGAUAAGCGGGAUUGGUCUGUUUCUUUGUAUUGGAGGAGAAAUUGUAAGGAAAACUGCAAUGUUGACCGCUUUCCAUAAUUUCGAUCACCUAAUCAGGACCCAGCGUGAAGAACAUCACCAACUUGUCACUGGAGGCAUUUACAGUCUGUGCCGUCAUCCGAGUUAUGUAGGAUGGUUUUAUUGGUCCAUCGGUACACAAAUUAUGUUGUGUAAUCCAUUGUGUUCUGUUGCAUAUUUGAUCGCAUCAUGGAAGUUUUUUAACGAACGUGUUUUUGAAGAAGAAGUGACUCUUCUCAAUUUUUUUGGUAAGGAAUAUGUUGCGUAUCAAUCUAAAGUGCCUACUGGAUUGCCAUUUAUUCACGGGUAUAAUAUAAAUUAAAUCAUCUGUUA